GCCCGAAAGGAAACGUGUCCUACAAGAGCUUCCGUAGUUGGAGUCACAUGAAUGGUUUGUUGUGGUCGUGACUGAAAUCCACCCUUUUAUGUCAUGUAGCUUGCACGUUACCGUAUAAACCAGAAAUUUGUCGGCCUCGGGUGAAGCAAUCCGGCCGUCCCGUGUCCACGUCUUGCCACGCCGGCGGUAAACAGGACGGUACUUCAUGAGGCCAAAGCGCUUUUGUUUACGCUAAUGUCUGCUCACCUCGGCUGGUAACGAAGGGAGCCAUGCUUCGGUGGAUACUCGGCGGGCGGGAGGCUCAGAGCUCCGUGGAGAAAAGCCCUGUGUUGUGCAUUGGCGAGGAACAGCCCAAAAACUGGUUCACUGAGCUGCAGGUGCUGAAAGGACAUUUUGACAUUGUUCGAUUUCUGGUGCAGAUUGAUGACUUCAGAUGUGCCUCAGCCGGGGAUGAUGGCCUUGUUUUGGUGUGGAAUGUUGAGACCGGCGAGAGGCUGCAGGAGCUGAGGGGCCAUUCCCAGCAAAUAACAGCCAUAACCACCUUCACCUGUAAUAAUGGACUCACGUCGCACACCUCCCUCAUCACCGCCUCCUCAGACAGAAGUCUCAGUUUGUGGGAUCCGGAUACAGGCAACAGGGUUCAGACCGUUUCCGAUCUUCAGUCGUCUGUAAAGUGUUUGCUGGUGCUGGAGCAGCUGUGUGUGUGGGUCUCCGGUGGGGAGGAACUGUGUGUGUGGAACGAAGACUUUCAGCUGCAGUGUCACAGACAGAACCACAGUGACACCGGUGUAACCGCUUUGAUAGAGCUGCCCAAGAACUGCGUAGCAGCUGCCAUGGAUAAAGAAAUAAUGAUCUACAGGCUGACAGUUUCUGCUGAUUCCUCUGUGUCAGUGGCUGAAGUCCGCUGUCUGUCCGACCACCAGGACCAGAUUCGAGCUCUUAUCAACGUCAGCGUGUCGUCCUCAGACGGGCUCUUCGCGAGUGGUUCCCAUGCGGGCGAGUUGAUCUUGUGGGAUGCGGUCGAUUGGAACAUUCUGGCGUACGAGCACAUCCUGUGGGAGGAAUCCCAAACCUGUGCCCAGGCGGAAAUACGGCUGGGGGCUCCCAAACCCAGCGAGAUGUCCAUUCAGCAUCUGACCACCAACGGAAAGCUCAUCCUGGCAGCUGUGGGCAGCGGUCUGUAUGUGUACAGCAUUCUGACCAAAACAGUGGUGGCCUACAGGAAGGUUGCCCAUGACUCCAACGUCUUACACACCAUGUUGCUAUCUGACAGCGAGUUGAUGUCCUGCUCUGAGGACGGCAGCGUGAGGAUGUGGGAGAUCCAGGACUUACCUCUGCCUGCUGAACCUGCCUCUCCAGGGUUCUUUGGGAUGUGGACCUUUGGCCGGUCCAACAAACAGAGCGGUCCACCGUCGAAGAAGGUCACGGAUGUCCCCAACAUCAGGACGCUGGAGUUGACAGGCGACCUGAUUGGACACUCGGGGGCCGUGCAGAUGUUUGUGAGUUUCAGGGAGAACGGUUUGGUCACAUGCUCGACGGACCACCUGCUGAUUUUGUGGAAGAACGGAGAAAGGCAGUCCCACCUCCGCAGCCUGGCACUGUUCCGAAAACUGGAGGAGAAGGGAGGACUCUGAACUGUAACCUGUCUGUAACCUGUAACGAGUCGCUGCCUUAAAAAAGAGGGGAGGGAGGUUGUUGGUUGAUGUUGUUCAGAAAUGAUGUGAAUUUAGUGUAAUGACUGUAGUGUGCGUUUAAUGAUAAUGAAACGGUCGUCUGCAUUUUGACUGAAAAGAAGUAUCUUAACUUAAAUUUGAAAAACUCAGUAAAUACCUCAUCUCAGAAACA